UGCAUGUACAAGAACGAAAAAAACACGAACUUUUCCAACAGUCAGUGAAUGCAGCCCUACUUAUUGGAGCGACUUUAUUAAUAACCUGGACUGGAAUAAAUAUUUUGAAAUUGUCUACGAGAUAUACGAUAAAUAAUAAGGUCAAAGAAGUGUCAUCUAAAAUAAUUUACAGAAUUCACCCAUCGAAAAUUGUAUUGACAACUAUUCCAGCAGAUCCAGAAGUAAAAUGCUCUUUCUAUGAAGGACAUCCUGAAGAUGUUUUCAUUUAUUCUGGCCUCGUCCUUCCUCUAACAAACAACGCAGACACGCGCAGGUCGGAGGCGAGGACACGAGCUGCUGAAUUUAUUCCAUUCAUUUAUUCAUCAAACUGGUGAGAUCCAGUUGGAGGCUGCUCUUCCGGGUUCUGCUGCGGGUUCUGGUUCGGAAUCAUAGCUCUAUGUCGUCACCGAGGCUGGGCGUGGUCAGAGACACGAUGCUGACCAAUCCGCUGCUCAUCAAGGACCCUCUGGCUCAGACCCGGUCUCGGGGGCUACUGGUUCCUGGACCAGACUUCACGUUCGGAACUAGCAGCUCUCUGACAGAUGGGGGCGUGUCUGAAGUUCUGUCCGGGUGGAGGGUUCAGCCCAGACGCCAGCGCUCCCCUCGCCCUCUGGACUUCCUCUCUCUGAACCGGGACGCAGUGAAGUCCGGUCUGGUGACGGCCAAGGAGGUGAGUCAGUACCGCGCCCACAACCAGAGCCCCGCCCCUAAAUGGCGAGGGGGAGGGGCUUCACAACACCCAACGCCCGACCCUGACGUCACGUUUGGAGUCGCCAACAGGCCGUCGUCCCCCCUGUCAGACCUCCUCUCUCAUCAAUAUGCCCGGAGGUGGAUGGAGGAACAGCUGAGCAGGAACCAAACCAGGAACCACAAGCCCAAGGUUAAAGUAGGAGGUGCAGAGACCAGGACCAGUCUGCUGAGGAGGACCAGACCUCUUCCUGUCCGUCAGACGCCCCCCCAGCUGCCUCGCUUCACUCAGGUGGCUCCAGCUCUGAAAACCUUCAGGGACCCGGACUCUUGUGGAACCAGGACUCUCAUGAGAGAGUCUUCAGGGACCAGGAGAAAAGUCCAGGAUCUGGAUUGAGUUCAUCAGCACAAAUAAAGAUUUAAAUCCUG